UGACGAUAUAGCAGUGAUUCUGUCGACUGGGAGCGUGGCGCACUCCUGUAAUCCAGCUUCUUGGAGGUCGGGUUCAGUGGAUGGUUUGAGGUUGGGAGUCCUGUUGCAAAGCGAUUCACGUUGACUGGAUGUCCGCACUAAGAUCGGCAUCGAUAUGGACAUCCCGGAGGAGUCCGGGAUGUCCAGGUCAGCUAAGGAGGGGCGAACCGGGCCAGGGGGGAAACCCAGCAGCCAAAAGUCCCCGUGUCGUUCAGUAGUGGGAUCGCGUCUAGGAGUGGAAGCUUUGUGACAGCCCAAUCAAUACAGCUAGACCUGGGCCUUUUUGCCCUUUUUUUCCAUCUUUGCUAAUUAUUAAACAAUUUAGAAACCGUUAUUGUUACCAAUUGUGGGUUUAUUCCACCAUAGAAAAUUAUUAACUGGGGGCCCCUCAUUGUUGCAAAGUCAAUGGAACGUUCGAGACAUUUUCGCGAUUCUUCACUCAAAUAUAAAUCCCAGCAUUGUGCUCACGCACUGACAGUGGUUGUAGUGCUGAAAGUGAGUCAAAAUGACCAGUAACCAGGAAAAUCAGCCCCAGAUUGCGGGCGCAAUUUGCGCGCCGCCCCCUCAGCCUCCAACGGGCGACGUGCCCCAGCCGCGUCAGCCCACGAACCUCCAGGGGCUCCUUAAAUUCGCCAUGGAGGCCACCAAGCUGGAGGACGCCCCCCGCGAGUCCACCUUCCAGCCCAUGGAAGAAGCUCGCCGGAAAUUCCUCGAGGAAGCCCUCAACUCGCUCACAGUCGACGUGAUCGAAGUGUUACUCAAACAAAUCAAAAUUCUCGAAAAAGUGGACACGCUCAACGCCGGCGAUGACGACAGCGAAUACACAACAGCCCUUGACACGAUCUCCGACUUUGUCUGUGACAUCGACACUGCGAACGAUUUUCACAAAAUUGGGGGCUUCGUGAUCGUGUCGCCGUGCCUCAAGUGCAAAAGCCCCAAAGUGAGGGCACAAGUGUGCAAUUUGUUGGCGGAGUUGUGCCAGAAUAACGCCUACUGCCAACGAGUGGUGCUCGAAAGUGGGAUUAUGCCGAUACUUGUGGAGAUUGUGGAGCAGGAUCCGGAGGUGUCAGUGGUGGUGAAGGCAUUGUAUGCCAUUAGUUGCAUAGUGAGGCAAAAUACGGGGGCUUGCGCCCAGUUUAUACAAUAUAAGGGGGUCCAGGUGUUCCUGGAAGCCCUCAAACGAAAUGAGGAGAAAAUCAACACAAAAAUUUGUUUCCUCUUGAGGGCGUUGUGCAGCUCACAGGCUGAUUUUAAAAGCCGCCUUGUUUUUGUGGGUUACAUUCCAGUUCUAUUUUCCUUACUCUCAACACCUAAGACAAGUGACGAACACGUCCUAGGCCUCCUCCAGAAGUUGAUUGAAGACAACUCAGCCGCCAUUAACGAAAGCAGACAAAAUAAAGUGAAUGCUAAGGAAACCCUCGAAAAUUAUUUAUCACAAAUCAAGGGAAAGGAGGAAUAUUCCAAUGAAGAAGAGUUGUGUGAUACCAUCUACAAUACUUUAUUUGCACAGAAAUAAAACGUGUCAUUGUAUUUAUUUCACAUAAUUAAGUUGUACUUUUGCAAAAAUAUACGCUUUUAUAUAAUAUUAUAAAAA